AAAUGAGAAAAUUUGCUUACAUAGACUGUUUCUUUUCAAUAAUAGAGACAAGUAAAAAUUUCUCGUAGGAAAAUAACACUUUUUGAAGCGACUUCUCCUCUUUUAUACGAACCUGGGCCAGGUGCGACCGGUCGGUUUCAACGACUAAGACCAGCCGGCAUUAAUGUCAUCAUAAUUAGCUGAGCCAAUUAAUAGAACCUUCCUCAAUUUUUACAGUUUUGCCCCCACAUGACUUGUCAAAGCCCAUUAGUUUUUACAUAGUAGCCCAUUAGACCAUUUUAUCAUAGCCCAUAGGCCCAUAUAUAAUUACCGAACACAGAAGUAAAAGAGAGGUUCACUUCUCUCUCUAUCAGACUAUCUCCAUGUGAAGUUUAUCUGUUUUCCGGUUUCGAUUUCGAAACAAAUGAGAAGCUGAAAGAAUUUUUCUGAAUCUUUGUCGUUGUAUCCGUUACCUGAAUUCAAUUCGCCAUGGAAGCUGUGCUUCUCUGCUCGAAGGUUGUUCCUCGAGCGACGUCGUUGGAAGAGAAUCGAAAGUUUUCGUUCAGGCAUUUGAACAAACACCUUAAGUGCAAUUCGCUUCGUGCUGAUUCCAGAAACACUCCGUUGCUCCGAAGCUUUGAAGCCAUUCAGAGUCCGUCUAGCUGGAGAUUUUCUCCGUUUCCAGUGAGAAAAGGUUCAUGGGUUCCGCCCAGAUGCUCGAUUUCUAGCUCGACUGUUUCCGAUUCCGAUAACCCUUUCCUUAGCCAUUUUCGAACCUUCUCGUUUGGGUCGGUGGUGAAGAAAGUUCGUGACUUGAAAGUGAAGCCCAUGGAUGUUGUGAAGUUAACUCUUUUGCUAUCGAUUUUGACUGUGGCUGCGAAAAAGGUGGUGAAUUUGGUCUUGGACCCAUUCUUCUGGAUGUAUUUCAGUUGGACUUGGCUGUUCUGGCCUUGGUUUAUCGCUGUGGGACUCGCGGGUUACGGAAUUUACUGCUUUCGUAAGCAUUGGCUUGGAGAAGCCAAUGCCUUUGAGCAGCUUGGUAUUGUUACUUCAGUCUUCACAUGGCUUACACUUGUGCCUCCUGCUUAUUUCAAUGGUUAUCUUGAAGGCUGGCCUUAUGUGUUCUUCUUGGCUUAUCAUUACUUCUUUUUCUUCAAUGUUAGCGUGAGAAAACGCCUCUAUGGAGAUUACUAUGCUCGCACGCAUGAUCCCAAAUGGGAUGUGAACACGCCUCUGUGGUCUCGGAUUUUGUUUGGUGUUGGCAUCAUGGUUGGACAUUGGCUUGCAGCUUUUGAAGGGCCUGAGCUUCACCGAUUACCAGGGGGGUGGGCCAAUGUAGGGAUAUGGAUUUUGAUUGUGAUUACAAUGCUUAUGCAUUAUGAUUCAACGCUAUAUCUUGCUAGAUAUUCCGAAAAGGUUGUUGUUCCAACGGCUGUUGUGCAAUUUGGUCCUUAUAGAUGGGUCAGGCAUCCGAUAUAUGCUUCUACGAUGCUUCUUUUCGCUGCAUAUUGCACUGCCUUGCGUGCGCCUUUGAGUCUGUUGUUUCUUUUAGUGGUGUGUUUGGUUUACUACAACAAGAAGGCAAAGCUGGAGGAAGAAUUGAUGGUGGAGAGUUUCGGACAAAGCUAUUCGGAUUAUGCUGAUAAGGUUAGGCACAAGUUCAUUCCUUUUGUUUACUAGUGCUUUAGAGGAACCUGUGUUGUUGUGUCUAAUUAUCUGGUAUCUAUCAGUCAAACAAUGUAUGAAUGAAGAUGAGUUAAAUUGUCCCAUUUUUAUUGGAAUGUUAGGCUUGUGAAAAGGAUAUGUUUUUUAUGCUAUUCCUGGUUCUCUAA